AUGAUAAAUCAUCUCACAAACCCUUCAAAUACAUCAAUCCCCGCUUUCCACGUCGUGGCACCCAGUCUUCCAGGCUAUGGAUUCUCUCCCGCUCCACAGUAUCCCGGUCUAGGACUACGAGAAACAGGACAAGCAUUCAAUAACCUCAUGAACCAACAACUUGGUUACUCAAAAUAUGUAAUUCAAGGAGGUGAUUUUGGCGCUUUCACACUCCGCUAUAUGGCCGGCCAGUUUCCUUCUAGCGUAGUAUCCUCACUUUCGAAUUUCUUUAUCGUGCCUCCGAAUUCUACGGAUCUGGAACGCUAUGCAAAGGGGACGACGAGCGAGGAGGAGAACUUGAAUAUUGGAAGACUUGAUAUGUAUAAUAAUUAUUAUGCGGGGUAUAGAGAUAUUCAACAAACAAGACCGGAACAACUUGCUAUUGCAAUGACGGAUAGUCCGGUGGGAUUUGCUGCGUGGAUUUAUGAUUUUAUGUUUAUGCAUGUGGAUGGGUAUGUAUGGACGCUGGAGGAAAUUAUUACCUGGACUAUGAUGUAUUAUAUUCCAGGUCCUUAUGCAGGAAUGAGGAUGUAUAAGGAACUUGCGAAGGCUGGUACAUGGUUGAAUGAAGGAUUCCUGCGAAUUGGCAACCCAGUCGGCGUUAUUGGGUUUCCCCAAGAUUUGGGAUAUAAAACGCCGACUUCCUGGCUCCAACGAUGGGCAAAUGUCACUUAUGAAGUUAAUCAUUCGAGAGGUGGUCAUUUUGCAGCACAUGAAGUUCCAGAUUUGCUUCUGGAAAAUAUUCGAACUUUUUGGGGUGAUAGUUCGCUUUCGAAUGUGGAUCAAUUUAAGGAGCAGCUUGAGCUUGAGCUGUAUAAACUUUUGGAUGGAAUCAAGGCUGGUGAAUCUUCCACACAAAAGUGA